AUGCCGAUGUGCACAGUGGCUGAUGACCAUGGAAGCAAAGAGGGCAACAAGGCUGUGGAGAGCAAAGACACGUUUGCAAGAGACACAGAGGAGCAGCCAGGUUCCAAGAUCAGGCCCAUCCACAUCUCAACUCCAUCCCACAGUGAGGGAAGGGACCCGCUCCCUAGCCAACACGCCAUCCAGACUGAGGGAGACCGGAAACUGUGUGGCCACAUGAGCCACGGCCACAGCCGCAUCAGCAUACACCAGAAGCACCCAGGAGGCCGAGGUAAUGCGGGUGGCGUGCAUCACCACAGGAGCAACUUUGACAAAUAUCACCCAGGUUACUUCGGGAAACUUGGUAUGAGGCAUUAUCACUUAAAGAGGAACCAGAGCUACUGCCCAGCUGUCAACCUUGGUAAGCUGUGGACGUUGGUCAGUGAGCAGACACGGGUAAAUACUGCCAAGAACAAGACUGGAGCUGCUCCCAUCAUUGAUGUGGUGUGGUCGGGCUAUUACAAAGUUCUGGGAAAGCGGAAGCUCCCAAAGCAGCCUGUCAUCAUGAAGGCCCAAUUCUUCAGCAGAAGGGCUGAGGAGAAGAUUAAGGGCGUAGGGGGAGCCUGUGUCUUGGUGGCUUGA